AUGGCAUCCUUUGCCCCCGUGCGGCCGGCCCUCAGGGCAGCCCUCCAACCAUCGACGACCUGCAUCCUCACCCGCCAAUUCAGCACGACCCUCCCCCAGCAGACAAAGACCAUCAAGCCUCACCUCCUCCCCUCGCGGCUGAUCCCCCCCUACCCCUACGGCGAGCGCCGGGUCUACAAGCAGUCGAACCGGGGCCUGUACGGCAGCGCCCGCAUCCGCUUCGGCAACACGGUCGCGGAAAAGUACAACAACAAGGCCCGCCGCUUCUGGAGGCCCAACGUCCACGUCAAGAGCUUCCACCUCCCCGCCGUCGACGCAAAUGUCAAGACCCGCCUAACCCUCCGUGUCCUCAAGACCAUCCGCCGAGAGGGUGGCCUGCAGGAGUACCUCCUCAAGAGCAAGCCCGCUAGGAUAAAGGAGCUGGGACCCGGAGGAUGGAACCUGCGUUGGCUGCUGAUGCAGUCGAGGGAUAUUCAAAAGAGGUUCAAUGAGGAGCGGGUGGCACUGGGCAUGCAGCCCAAGGAGAUUGAGAACAGGGACGACAUCAUCCAGUACGCCCUGGACUUUGCUACCCCUGGUCCUCUGAGCCUGCGCAGCCGCUCUACGCUGUCCGAGCUCAAGGCCGCCUCGGCCUAUGAGUUUGUGCUGGGAGACGAGGAUCUGGCGGAUCUCGAGGGUGUUGAGGAGCUGACGGACGAGGAGGAGGCGCUGCUGCUCAAGGAGCUUGACAAGGCAGAGGCCGAUCUCAAGACGACGACGACAAAGGACAACGUUACGGUAUAA